UGAAAUGAGUUUUCAAAUUCUGAACGUGAAAAUGUGUCAAAAUAUUACAUAUUGUUAAAAAAAAUCUGUAAAAUAUGUUAUAAUUUUUACAUUAUCAAAAUAAAUAAAAAACAUAAAACUACGGAUGCUUGUAAACUGCGGCUAACGUGCACUAACCUCAGAACACAUCUACUAUGCCAAAAGCACAAACAGCUCGAAUAAUGGAGAUACAAAGAGGCAGACAGAACUUCUCAAAAAAGUCUGAAAAAUAUUCCCCUAGUACUGUGUAUCUUCAAGUUUUAGGAUCUGGAGCUCGUGGAGUGCCGAACACACUGUACCUUUUUUCUGAUCAGAAACGGUAUCUAUUCAACUGUGGAGAAUCUACUCAGCGCUUAGCACAUGAACAUAAGGUGAAACUGUCCAGACUUGAGCAUAUCUUCAUCACAAGCAAAACUUGGAGAAACAUUGGAGGCUUGCCGGGACUGUCACUUACAUUACAAGAUGUUGGAGUACCGAAUAUAACAUUGCACGGUCCUGAGGGAUUGGACGAACUGUAUAAUGCCACAAAAAGGUUUGUGAUAAUGAAAGAAAUGAAUGUGGCUAUGGCCAAAUGUAGUCCAAGCGAAGAUUUUGAAGAUAGCGUCAUGAGUGUUAAAUAUGUUUUACUCGGCCCUCAUGAAAGUCUACUAGCUAAAGAUCCAAAACCGACAACAAAAAAACCUAAAUUAGAUACAAAUACAGAUAAGCAAUUUGAAGAGUUCAUUCACGAUGAUACAGACUAUUAUAGAAAUGAAAUACGCAAUGCCGAAGCUAAAAAUAAAGUGGCAUCUAAAGAAAAGAACAAAACUAGAACAAGCCCUGAAAAAGAUCAGAUCAAGAAAAAAACUGAUAAAGUUCUACAUGAUCUUCAAAAGCAACCGCAUUGCUCAGUAGCGUACAUCUGUACACUUAAGAGACGCCUAGGCACCUUAGAUCUGGCCAAAUGCGUGGAACGCGGAGUUAAGCCAGGACCUCUACUUGGUCAGCUCAAAAACGGAGAAGACGUGGUACUCCCUGACGGGACUCUUGUACUGUCCAAAGAUGUCAAAACACCUGAUGAUCCCGGACCUGUAUUUAUUGUAAUGGAGGUACCAGAAAUAUCAUAUUUAAAGGAAUCAGAAUUCUCAGCUCACUUUGACGACGGAAAGAAUCCUGUUGAGAACGUACCGGCAAUAAUUGUUCACUAUUCACCGCCGAAUGUGUUCAAUCAUCCCACUUACCGUGCCUUCCUCUCCAAGUUCGGACCCACGACGCGGCAUCUGAUCCUGAACACUCAGAACUCUUGUCUCGGCUCGGAAGCUGUUCACCGAACUCAGCACAAACUGCAUCUACUGGACCCGGAUAUAUUCCCUUUACUGAAAGACGUCAGUGUGCCGGCUGUGUGGAACGCUCAACCUCCCGUGCCCAAGACCGGCAGUCCUGUCAGACUUAAAGAAUUGGAGGAAUUGAAAAACAAGAUCGCCUUUGCCCAGUUCCAGAACAUAAUAAACAUGGAGGGUUCGUGCAAAGGAGAUGGCAUGUUGAACAUUGAUGACGGGUCAAAACUAGAAUUAGUGGCGGGCAGAACACUCACCAUGCACUAUCUAAGGCCACACAAGCAAGUUGACAGAUCAGCCGAACCAAAACUCCACAUACAAGACUACAUCCAAGAGACGAUGGACGUGGACGGGUUCGUCAGCAGCCUCGAGCAAUUCCGGCACGUGGUCGAAGGGAUCCGGUACAACAACGGUGCACAGAAGGAAUACCCGAAGCUCGUCUUCUUGGGCACCGGUUCCUGUAUACCCAGCAAGACGAGGAACACCAGCUGCUUUGUGCUUCAUGUCGACGAACACAAUUCAAUAGUGUUGGACUGCGGUGAAGGUUCGUUCGGUCAAAUGGUCAGGUUCUAUGGACCGAAGAAAGUCAAUGCCUUCUUGAGGACGGUGAAGGCUAUUUACAUUUCACAUCUUCACGCUGACCAUCAUAUCGGUCUAAUAGGACUACUGCAAGCCCGGCGAGAAGCUUUCGAAGAAUCCUCCACGACCCCCGAGGCCGCGUACCUACUAGCGCCCGGCCAGAUCGUGUCCUGGCUGUCCGUCUACAACCAACAGUUUGAGAGGAUACAAAAUGACUAUACGCUAAUACCUAAUCAGAGUUUGCUUUACGAUAGUAACACAGAGGAAAUGACGUCAGCAAUCCUAGCCAGGAUAGGAGUUCAAGCUAUCAAAACGUGCUUAGUAUCUCACUGCCCCAACGCCUUCGGAGUCACCAUAGACUUGGACGGGACGCACAAGAUCACAUAUUCGGGCGACACUUUGCCCUGUGAGGAACUAAUUAAAAUUGGUGAGAAUUCAACCCUGUUGAUCCACGAAGCGACUAUGGAGGACGAGCUGGCGGUGGAGGCGCGGAUGAAGAUGCACUCGACGACGUCGCAGGCGAUCGCGGCGGGCCGGCAGAUGCGCGCCGCCUACACGCUGCUCACGCACUUCAGCCAGCGGUACGCGCGCCUGCCGCGGCUCAGCGCGCGCAUGCUCACCGACAACCGCAGCGUCGGCGUCGCCUUCGACAACAUGCAGGUGACAAUGAGCGACUUGGCCCUGCUGCCGCACAUGUACGCGCCUCUGCAGCUGAUGUUCGCGGAGCACUGCGUUGAGAUGGAGAUGAAGGCAGCCAGCCGAGCCAAGCAGAAGGAGAGGAGAAUAUCGACGCACAGCUUCCAGCCCGAAGAGAAAGCGGAGAGUGUCCAGUCGGAUCGCGGACAACACCGCAAGAGUACGCGCAGUCGCGCCGCGUCGUCGUCCCCCACCGCGCGGGCCAGAUACAGGGAGAGCAACGCGUCCCGGCUCAGACAAGAGAUCAAGGGCAUGACAGUGUCCGGUGUGAUCGGAAGAGUGCCGCGCAGUAAAUCGUCAUCCCCAGUCAAGAGCUGUUACACUCGUACAGUAAGCAACACGUCGAACUCUAGCGCUGUUCAACACGAGAGACUAAAUGUCAGACACAACGUAUCGACGGGACACAUCGUCGAUACACGUUCGAAAACGUUAAACUCUGUCGCGAGGAUGCCGAGCAAAGAAGUUGUCGAGGUAUUGCUAACAAACGUUAACAGAAAGAUUAACUCUGCGAACGUGCCAACUGUUCCGAUUCCAUCCACGGAGGUCUGUGAACAUCGUUCGCCGCUAACAGUGAAGAAAAGGGAGGCGCCUAAAUCGACACCACCAAGAUCUCUUUGCCGUUCUCCGUCACUCAGUCCAAGGUCUAAUAAACUCAUUAAGCUAUCAGACACUAGGCCACAAGACGCGAGAAGUUUUCCUGUAUACAACAAGUUACGGUCGACAAAACAAGAAUACCCUAAUGAAAUGAAGAGCUGGAUGAUACCAAGUAAUAUUUCAUAGUUCUCGUUCAGACAU